UUUAAUUUCAUACAUAAAUAAAACGGGAAAUCUGCUCCUAUUUCUACAAAUAGUUAAGUUGGAAUUUUUCAGGCACGUUACGCUUAUUCUUUUAAGAUCAAACAAAAGAUAUUCGUUCCGCAAGUUUGAAACACAAAACGGAUUAUAAAAUUGAUGAAACUAUGUCUGUAAGACGAUUUUCCUGUUUUCUAUACAUGCUUUGUCCGUUCAUCGUGCAAGCUGUUACCAAAAAUAUCACGUGUCCUGCCUCAUGUGAAUGUGACACUUUCUUUGGAAUGAAGGUAGUAGAUUGUGCUAACCUCACUGAUGUUCCGUCAAGUAUUCCCGAGGACACCAAUUGGUUAGAUUUAAGCGGGUGUAAUAUAUCCCGCAUUCAUAUUCAACCGCUGGAAAAGCUCUUCAAAUUACAAAUCUUCACCUUUCAGGAAAUAAAUACAAAUGAGGGGAAUUACAAUCUUACGGCCUUGGACUUGCCACUUCUAAAUGAAAUAGUCGUCAAUGGCGGCGUUUCUACUUCUAUCCCACAGCUGUUACCAUCUUAUAUUGGUGAGCUUAGUGUAGCAGAAAACAAUCUAGGCACUCUAAAGUCUGGUAGCUUUAAGAACUACCCAAACUUAGAAACGUUAACUUUGUGGGACUGUAUGUUAACGAAAUUAGAAGCUGGUGUAUUUGAUGAUAUUCCUUCCCUUUCCUCACUUGAGUUUCAUAGCAACAAUCUAAACGAAGACAGUUUUCCUUUGGACGUAUUCAAGAAAAACCAAGCACUUGACUCUGUUUCAUUUUUUGAUAAUGAAUUGAAACACGUAGUGUCCAAUCUUCCAAGUUCUGUUACAAGUGUCGAUUACAGCGACAAUGCCAUUUUUGAGCUUAGGGCUUAUGACUUCAAAUCUACGCCGAAUCUGAUAUACUUGUAUCUUCAACAAAAUAUGAUCACAAAUGUUGAAGACUUUGCUUUUGAUGGGUUAGACAAACAAAUCUCGUUGGACAUGAGUUACAAUAACAUCAAUAACUUAAGCAGAAACACAUUAGCUGGUUUAACAGGACCCUAUGAAUUACAUAUGAGUGGUAAUAACAUCAGUGUGGUGGAUAAAGAUGCAUUUAGACAACUCGUCUCUUUGCAGGAUCUCAAACUAGAUCAAAACAAGAUUGUACAGUUGGAGGACUUUACCUUUCAAAGCAUGGUCGAUUUACAAAACCUGGACAUGAGUUACAACAAUUUAUCUGCAGUUACUAAUAAUACCUUUGCCGGGUUAACCUCACUUUUAUGGUUCAACUUGUCAUAUAACUGGAUAACAACCAUUGCGCAAGAUGCAUUCAAAUCACUCAAAUCAAGCGACAUUGACCUCAGUUUUAAUAGGUUACAAAGUCUUCAGGUUGAGGUUUUCUCUCAUCUUACAAGCACAGCUAAUGUAAGACUAGCUGGCAACUUGUGGAAUUGUGAUUGUCACCUAAGAUGGUUGAGAGAAGCACUGGACAAUGCCACUUAUACCAUUCAGCUUCCGUACACUCUCAAAUGUGCAACACCAGUCAAGCUCGCAGGAAAAUCUUUCAUUGAUCUUAAACCAAGCGAUUUUGUGUGUAUGUAGGACAAAAUUUCAUUAUUCAAAUAGAUAUUUUAUAUGUCAAAUUUGAGCAGACUUUUAUAUGUAAAAUGCUUGAUCAGAUAAUAAUUAUGUACUAGACACACGGAUGAGAAAACAUCGUUCAAUAUUUUAUACGUCAUUUAUUAUUUUACGCUUUCCCGUCGGAGAGACAAGAGGCAAUCUUCAUAACGUAAAAUAUUUCUUUUUUCCGAACCACAUUUUGAAUGUGUAAUACAUCAAUUACUACAAUUUGCAUGUUUGAAAAUUUGUAAAGAAUUAUACAGGCACAACAACAUUGAAAAGAUAUAAUAUUGUUUGAACCGAAUACACAACUUUGCGAGUACAAUACAAUAUAUUUAGAGUUUAUUGAUCCUGAGUUGCAAUAACAUAUAAUAAUACUUAAAGUACUGAAUAAAUGAGGUUUAGAAAUUUUGAAAAAUUUUGAUUGUUGUAUUCCUUGUAUCAUCCGGUAUUUUUUUGGCCAGUGCUA